UAUUUUUCAAGCUUUGAAUUUAGUUCUAAUAUAUUAGUGUUUUCUUUUAAUAUGUGGAGGGACGAAUGUGCCAUCAAGUGUUUCGUUUGUUAAAUUAAUUUCGUAAUUGCAGUUCAUCCUAUAUUUUUUUUAUGUUUAAUCAUAUACAUAUAUGUAUAUUUAUACACGACAUACAAUAAUAUCCGGAAGUAGAAUUAAAUUUUUUUGAAUGUCAAAAUGGUGGAUAAUCCAAGUCAAGCUGUUCCCGGAAAAAAUAUACCUCCAAAGGUUAAUCAAGGUGCAGAGGUGAGCCAAGAAUAUAUUGUACGAAUUCCUGAAGCAAAUAAAAAAUCUUUAAAUGUGAUGAGAUUUAACACGUCUUUGAACGUUGAUGUUAAAAAAUGGACACUAGCUAGACUUGAAAGAGAGAAUAAUAUUAAAGAAUUUAAAACAGAUGAAGAUCUUCCCAAAUAUGGUGCUGGUAGUGAAUUUGGAAGAGAGCAAAGAGAGGAAGCAAGAAAAAAGAAACAUGGAAUUGUAACAAAAAAAUAUAAUCCUGAAGAUCAACCAUGGAUAUUAGAAGUUGGAGGUAGAGGUGGUAAGAAAUUUAAAGGCAUUAGAGAAGGUGGUGUUGCAGAAAAUACUUCUUAUUAUGUAUUUAUGCAGGCACCUGAUGGAGUUUUUGAAGCCUUUCCUGUCAGUGAAUGGUAUAAUUUUGCUCCUAUUCAGAGAUACAAAGCUUUAACUGCAGAAGAAGCUGAAGAACAAUACAAUAAAAGAGAUAAAGUCUUAAACUAUUUCUCACUUAUGUCUCGAAAACGUUUGAAGAAUGAAAAUGAAGGGGAAGGAGAUGAUGAUGAUUCAAAAUCUCAGGGCAAGAAAAAGAAAAGCAGUAAAGAUUUUGUAAGUUAUUCUUUAUAAUUAUUAUAAU